AACCUAAGUCGUUCUUUGACAUGAUGUUCGAGAAGCCAAGGAAGGUGAUGCUGUUCGGCGCCGCCUGCACGCACGUCACGGAUCCCAUCGCCAAGGCCGCGAAGCACUGGCACAUCACGCAGCUGUCGUACGCGGACACCCACCCCAUGUUCUCGGCAGUCAAGUACCCCAACUUCUUCCGGAUGGUUCCCUCAGACAAGGAGUUCAACCACCCGCGCGUUCACCUGCUGCAGCGGUUCAACUGGACGCGCGUCGGCACCCUCUUCCAGAACGAACCGAGGCACGCGCUGGCCCACAACCACUUCGUGUCAAUGCUCGAACUAAAUCAAUACGAAAUCGCCGAGACUCAGAGUUUUGCGGACGAGCUGAAGGAUCAACUGAAGAAGCUUGAGGAGAAGGACGUCCGGAUUAUACUGGGAUACUUCGACGAGAAAUGGGCAAGAAGGAUAUUCUGCGAGGCUUACAGGAAGGGGAUGUAUGGCAAGAACUACCAGUGGAUUAUUACAGGCAUGUACCGCGAGAAGUGGUGGGACCUCCGCGGCAACGGCGACGGCGACGAGGACGACAGCCUGGACUUCGAGGACGAGCCGCCGGAGUCCGGGGGGAGCGGCUGUUCCGUCGAGGACAUCAUGACCGCCCUCGAAGGCUGCAUCAUGACCGACCUCCUGCCGCUCGCCACCUCGCGCACCAAGACGGUGUCCGGGAAGAACAUCACGCAGUACGAGGCGUCCUACAACAGGCUGCGUCGGAACGAGUACUCACGCUUCCAUGGCUACACUUACGACGGCGUGUGGGCCAUGGCGCUGGCCAUCCAGGCGGUGGGCCAUAAACUGCACAAGGAAAAUCGCUACAGAAAUACGAGUAUCACAGUGAAAGACUUCAGGUAUUGGGACCAGAUGUGGGAGGACCUGUUCACCAAAGCGCUGUCCGAGGUCAAGUUCGACGGCGUCACGGGUUCUGUUCAGUUCACCAAGGACAACACGAGAAAAGGUUACAUCCUCUUGAAGCAAUUCCAAGGCGGCCGCGAGGUCAAGAUCGGCGAAUACGACGGCCUGGACAACGUGCUGCAGCUGGACAAGGGCCACCCGAUCUACUGGCCCGGCGGCAACCCGCCCCUGGACCGCACCAUCAAGCUCAUUGAGAAGACCAGCGUCAACAUCAGCAUCUACGCCGUGCUCGUCACCAUGGCCUCCUGCGGUAUUGUCAUGGCCUCGGUCUUCUUGGCCAUCAACAUCAAGUAUAGAAAUCAGAGGUACAUCAAAAUGUCAUCGCCAUACCUCAACAACAUGAUCAUCGUCGGCUGCAUCCUCACCUACACGUCCGUCAUCCUUCUGGGGCUGGACUCCGAGCUCACGAGCGAGACCAGCUUCCCCUACAUCUGCACGGCGAGGGCGUGGGUGCUCAUGGCCGGCUUCACGCUGGCUUUCGGCUCCAUGUUCUCCAAGACGUGGCGGGUGCACUCCAUCUUCGCCGACAUCCAGCUGAAUAAAAAAGUGAUAAAAGAUUACCAGCUGUUUAUGGUGGUGCUGGUGUUGCUGUGUGUCGACGUUGCCAUCAUGACCACGUGGCAGAUCGUAGACCCGUUUUACAGGGAGACCAAACAUCUUACACCUUAUGUGCGAGGAGACAUACUAGUUAUACCAGAGAACGAAUACUGCAAGAGUUCAAAAAUAUCAGUUUUUAUAGGUUGCAUUUAUGCCUAUAAGGGUCUUCUCAUGGUAUUUGGAUGUUUCCUUGCAUGGGAAACUCGUCUAGUUAGUAUUCCGGCACUGAACGAUUCGAAGUACAUUGGUAUGAGUGUAUACAAUGUAGUGAUCAUGUGCAUUAUUGGUGCACCGAUAUCGUACAUCUUAAGUGACGAACAAGACGCUUCUUACCUCAUCAUUUCCGCGUUCAUUAUCUUCUGCACAACGGGAACCCUCUGCCUCGUCUUCGUGCCUAAAAUCAUCGAGUUGAGACGAAACCCACAAGGCACCAUCGAGAAGCGCAUGGUUCGGGCGACGCUGAAGCCACCCAAGAGAACCGACAGUGACUCCGACGUGUCCGACAUGCAGGAGCAGAUCAAAAAGGCGGAGAACGAUAGACAGAUAUUCAUAAGAAGGCUGCACGAGCGGGAACAAAUGCGGCGAUGA